AUGGGUAGAAGGAAAAUAGAGAUAAAUCCGAUCUUGGAUAACCGUAAUAGAAGCGUCACAUUUAUGAAGAGGAAAGCUGGGCUUUUUAAGAAAGCUUACGAACUGAGUAUUCUGUGCCAAGUCGAUCUUACCGUCAUCAUCAAAGGGUCCAAUGACAAGUUCUAUGAGUUCUCUUCAAUGGAUACCAAUGAUCUGAUUGCGCAAUACCAGUCCGCGGGCGCUGUCAAGGACGAGGAGAAAGAGCCAUCUUCGUAUGGGAGACACGAGAAGAAGCAACGAGUCUUCGGUGAUCGCAGCGGUAAUUCUGGAAUCACACAUCACGCUCGUUCUUCUGCCGAGGAUCACAGUUUCGACGACGAAGAAGAUGAGGAUGACGAGGAAGAAGACUCCACAAUCAAUAACGAGAAUGAACUUCCGAGCCGAAAACGGUUGAGAAGUUCGAACGCAUCUUCGGUUCCCACCAGAACUACUAGAAGUCAGUCAUCACAGUAUUCACCAGUAAGCAAUGGAACUCAAAUGGCUGGGACUGCUUCUCAUCCAAUAAACAAUUCGAUGGGUAGUUCACAAAGGUUACCGUUUGUGCAUCCGAUGACUUCGCCUGUGAUGCAAGGUAACAUGACAACGAAUUCAGGACCUCAGAACAAUGACUACUCCAAUACUCCAUCUUUGAGACCAGUUUUGCGUGUCACCAUCCCUCAGGAAGCUGACGACCAAAAAGAAACUAAGGUUGAUCAAGAUAACGGCUCUAGAGAAAGCGUACCUCGAGAUCAAGGUCCAGGACAGAGCAACAGUAACGGCAACGGUAACAAUCUUCCACCCUCCAGACUUCCUAUGCUGAAGUAUAGUCAGCCUUCUCUUUCUGCUCUUUACAAAUCGAACACUCCUUCUUCCUUAUCCAGAAUGUUCCCGCACCACCAUCCGGGGAGCACAGUUCCACCCGAGACAAGUUCAAAAACUCCCACUGAGGAGUCAGACAACAGUGCCCGAUCUACUCCUGUGUCGGGUGGAACUUCGUUUUUCAUGAUACCCCAGCAGGGUGGGUCGCCUACAAAUAAUAUUAGCGGCGGGCUGUUGCCUUACAAUAGUAAUCUUAGGUCCAAUUCUCUUACAAAUGCCAAGAAUAUGGAAACUCAGACCCCUGGCAGCGGUCUUCCAUCAAAGUAUGUCAACGAUCUUUUUCCAUCUCCUUCGACUUACUUCUCCAACGAUUACAAUAUCACUUUUGGAACGGGAAACACUCCAUUAGCCCCGUCUACUGCUCAAUCUUUCCAGCCCUCGGCAACUUCAGGGAACAACGUAACAAAUCCAAACCCGAACAGAAGCCCUAGUGAAGCUAAGAGGUUGCACAUUCAAACCAACAUACCUACAAGUACCUCCUCUAGAUCAGGAAGCUUAAACAAUGGAGUACUACUACCGAGUCCAUCACAGCUAUUGGAUCGAAACAGUAUGCAUGACUCGAGAUUUCCAAGCAGUGUGACUAAGAAGAGCUGA